GGUAAAAAUAAUGAGAUAAAGUAGAGGAUUGAGAAAGACAGGCCACGUCAUACCUGGAGAUGAACAGGUACAAACUUGCAUGAAACAAAAUCACAAAUUGGGCACAAACUCUUCAACACUUUCACCUGAGAUUGGCGCCGCAAUAAGAAGUCAGACCAAUGCUUUGCCGUAAUCAAACACCAACAUAACACAACCUGAACUUAGUUAUAUAUGUUAAAAAAUAGGAAACGGGCCAUGCUCCAUUUUCAGAGGAUUGACUCAGAAGUAGCCAACAAAAGUCUUAAACAAGAGCAAGUUUCCAUUAGAAAAGGUAAUCAAAUGAAGGGUUUCAAAGCCACACAGAGCACGCCAGUAGCCAAAAAAGCAGUGCUUGACAAGUGCAACACUAUAGACCUUAAAAAAGCCAACAAGGUUCAAGUGAGUCCAUUUCAUCCAAGAAGAUUACUCAGGUGUUCAGCUCAACAGAAUCCAUGAAAUAAAAAUGGUUAGAUCCCUACGCUAUGUUGCCCAUGAAAUAAUUAUGUCAAGAUUUCAGACCCUUAUUUGCAUAAUUCAAAAUUUUGUAUGACUCAAUUUGGUUCGAGAAAAAACGAAAAUCUAGGGAUUUACUUCGGAUGUAAAAUCAGCAGCAGCAAAGAUAAUCCAAGUUGUGACAGCUUUUGCCAUAAGCGAAUUGGAUUCGAUGAAGCUUUUACCAUGGAGGAGCGAAUGGCUAUCGGAGGAGAGGCGAUGGAGGCAGCGUUUGCUCAAGCUUUUUGAAGUGUUGCCGCUGCUGCCCAUUUCUGGAACGCGCGCUUCAAGUGAAGAAACGGCUUGAUCCUGUGUUGUAAUCUGGGCAGAAUUCGCCCAUCAACCCAUAUUUAUAAUGGGCUUUGGUCCAUUACUAACCGGGUCAACUGUUGAUCCAAAAAAUCAGCCUAUUAACCCCGGCUAGUCCGAUUAAAAACUAGGAACCACAGGCUAGGCCGAUAAAAAGCCAGGAACAACAUUGUCAAACGCUUUGCCCAUUUUUCCAUCCACCGUAAAAGCUACUCUCUCUUUUUCUGAAAUUUUCCAAUUUAAAUUUCCAUUUUUUCUUCUCAUUAUCGUUCCUUUUUUUUUUUUGUAAUUUCAAUUUCAAUUAAUGUACAUAUUUUGUAACGCCGUUGAAUGAAUCCCAUUCACUUGCCGGUGAGGCAGAGGCAGCGACAGCUGGUUGCAGGAAAAGCUUGUAAUGGACCCUUCCAUAGUAAAGCUCCUAGAAGAAGACGAGGACGAGUCUAUGCAUUCUGGAGCUGACGUUGAGGCGUUCCAGGCCGCCUUGAAUCGGGAUAUUGAAGGCGAUGCGUCCACUCCUCAGCCGUCUGAUUCAAAUACCGCAGUUUUGUCUAAAGGAAGCAAUCCAGCUUCCAGUCAGUCACUUGCACAAUGGCCAAAUACAGGGCAAGAUGGGAACACCAACUUUAAAAAUCAACAAGCUCUUCAAAGUGCACAGCAACAACAGCAGCCUUCGUCUGAAAUGGAGCAAAAGCAACAGGGAGCUGUUGUUAUGGGGAGUCAGCAACAAGUACAACAGCCAAAUGAUGUUCCGCAAGAAGGUAAUCAUCUACCACCACAACCAAAACAACCCCAAGAUGAUCUUCAACAAGGAGUAGCUGAAGAAGUUUCUGCCCAGGUUACUCAAAGGAACGGGGUUCAGACUACUGGGAUUCAAACUACUGAAAGAAGUUCUAUGCCUCGUGAACUAGAGAGAACCAAUAGUCAAGACAGUGAAUCACAAUAUGUGAAAUUACAGAAGAUGAGUAAUCAACAGGCCAGUGGGACAGAGCAGCCGAAUAAUCCUGUGAAUCGAGGAAAACAAGUUCCAUUUGCUGUGUUGUUGCCUGCCUUACUGCCCCAACUUGAUAAAGACAGAGCCAUGCAGCUUCAUACUCUGUAUGGUAAACUAAAGAAAAAUGAAAUUGCAAAAGACGGAUUUGUCAGGCACAUGAGAGAUAUUGUAGGAGACCAGAUGUUGAGGUUGGCAGUUAACAAGUUACAAGUGCAGAUGAGUUCCAACCAAUUCCCAUUACAGUCCCAGGUUGCAGCACGGCAGAAUAAUCCACGAAUGCCAUCUGUUGGUGGUGCUACACAGUUUGCUGGUCCACAUUCGUUAGCUCAGCUGCACCAAAAAGGCCCUAACUCUCCUGCCAAUUCAUCUCAUACCUCCUCUCCGGCAGUCCCCAUGCAGACUAAUUCAAGUUAUUUAUCCAUUGAAAACAAGGCUCAAAAAUCUCAAGAGAUGGAUCGCCAAUCAGAUUCUCGCUUCGGAGUGCUAGGAAGUCAAAUUUCUUCCUCUAGUUCAACCACUGUGAAUCAAGAAAGAGAUCGUACUUCAAUUCCAGUACAAGGAAUUAACAAGCAGCAGCAACAACAUUUGAAUUUCCCACAAACUUCUUUUGCCAUGUACGGGAGUAGUAAUUAUCACCCAUACUCUGGGCCAAAUGUUAAUACUUCAGGUUCCUCACUAAAGCCGCAACCUCAUGAUUCACAAAUUAGGCAACUUGCACAUCAUCAAGGCAUGGGACCAAAUCCUGUAGGAGGAUCAACCCAGGCAAUAAACAUGAUGAGUGGGCCUAAGCUUGAGAGGCAAAACUCUACUAAUGACCCAAAUAGAUUGCAGGGUGGAUCUCUUUCUCACUUUUCAAGCAGUUCAAUUCCUUGGCAAGCCUCAUCAAGUAAGGAGCAGAAUCCUGGCCCUUUAUCAUCAGUGACUUAUGUGAAACAGGAACCUGUUGAUCAAGGUGCUCAGCAACAGCACAGACCUCAUGUGUCUGCAACACAGGGAUUGUCUACUGCACUAGUUGAACAGGGAAAUGCAGUUACAGCUACUCCAAAGGAUGAGUCUUUAGAGAAGCAGUCUUCUAGAAUUGGCUUCUCAACUCCUACUAGUAUGGUACCUCCUAAUUUGGUUUCUCCUUCCAUCACAACACAAAUGGAUUCUAAUGUCCCGUUGGGCUCUCGGAAUCCUUCUGUGUCCACUACAGCUGGGGUCAGUGCAAGAACACCUCAAAAAAAGCCCUCUGUUGGUCAGAAGAAACCGCUUGAAGCUCUUGGUUCAUCACCACCACUGUCAAGUAAGAAGCAAAAAGUGUCUGGAGCCUUUUCAGAUCAGAGCAUUGAACAACUGAAUGAUGUCACUGCUGUCAGCGGAGUCAAUCUCAGGGAAGAGGAGGAGCAACUAUUUUCUGGCCCCAAGGAUGAGAGUCGAGUUUCAGAAGCAUCCAGAAGGGUUGUCCAAGAGGAAGAAGAAAGACUUAUUUUGCAGAAAACCCCUUUGCAGAAGAAACUGGCUGAAAUUAUGGCCAAAACUGGCUUGAAGAAUAUAAGCAAUGAUGUUGAACGAUGCUUGUCCCUGUGUGUGGAGGAAAGAAUGCGUGGGCUCCUAUGCAAUUUAAUCAGACUGUCAAAACAGCGGGUUGAUGUUGAGAAGCCUAGGCACCGGACACUUGUCACCUCAGAUGUUCGGCAGCAAAUUAUGAUGAUCAACCGGAAUGCUAGGGAAGAAUGGGAGAAAAAGCAGGCCGAGGCAGAGAAGCUGCGGAAACUUAAUGAACCUGAGGCUGAGACUGUAGUUGAAGGUGAUAAGGAGAAAGAUGACAGUCGAGUAAAAGUAGUAAAGGCAAACAAGGAGGAGGAUGAUAAGAUGAGGACCACUGCUGCAAAUGUUGCUGCACGGGCUGCUGUUGGAGGGGAUGACAUGCUGUCAAAAUGGCAACUUAUGGCUGAGCAAGCCCGCCAGAAACGCGAGGGGGGAAUGGAUGCAGCAUCUGGUUCUCCUGCAGGUAAAGAUGUAAACUGCAGGCCUCUAUCUGCAUCUGGAAAAAAUGCAAAGGACAAUCAAGAAUCAGAAAAGAGGGGCCCGCUCAGUCCUUUUGCAUCUGGGGCUAGUAGAAAAUUUGGCCGGAACCAAGGUGUCACGCCCCAUGCUAGAGUGGCUCGUACUAUUUCAGUUAAGGAUGUGAUUGCAGUCCUGGAAAGAGAGCCCCAAAUGUCUAAGUCUACACUUAUUUAUCGCUUGUAUGAAAAAACUGGCUCCGAGGCUGCUGCUGAGUGAUUAUGAUGCACCUUUAUAUUAUGGUGUGGUGUUCAUGUUUUCCAUUAGGUAUCCGAUUACAGAUAAUGGAAUUUGAGAUGUCUAGGACUGUAUAUUUAGCUUAAUGGUGGAGAAUCUUACAGAACAUCUGGAUAAUUGGACUUUCUAGGUUUUUAGGUGCAGUAUCAACCUGAUCUUACCACGUUAACCAGGCUUCAGAACCAGGUUUUUAGCUGGAUGAUUUCAUGUUUAUUCUUUUGUAAUUAUUAUAUGCUAAUAUUAUUUUAUAAUAAAUUACGUUUUAAAGUUUGUGAUAAAUGUCGCCUUUCUCAUUGUAAACUUGUCCUUUGUCAGUUUGUAUUGAUAGCAAUGUGAACUCUGCUCUCGUAUUAAUUUUAAUGCUCUUCUCUUAUUAUAAAGAAAUAAGGAAGGCUUGCAGAGACGCUUCUCCUCACGAAGCUAAUUAUAGGACUUCAGCUCUCAUGGAUCCAAACGGACUGGUCCCAUCGUGCCGAGUGCCAUACCCUUCAGUGAACAACUGAGCCAUUUUUUCAGUUU